GCAUAAGCACGCAGUACGUAUUCACAAUAAUCACACAAUGGACUAUGAUGGGGAGUCACUGUUCGAAAACCAAUAGUGAUAGUUCGCCCAUUUCCGGUUCAAACAGGAAUUAUCCGGUUAAUCGCGAGAUGGGGUUGAACAACUUCCGUCAAGAUGACGUCAUUAGGGUGGAAUCGAUCCGUAGGGAUGAUCAGCAACUGAUCGGGGUGAUCACACGGGAAUUCAAUCAGAACUGUCAAGUGUUCGUGCUCAAUUGUAUGUUGUUGGGCGUUCACUUUUUUGAGGAUCAUAGAGAGGUUAUCCAGAAGCUGCAGCACAUAUCGGCGAGUCCUGAAGAAAAAGAGUUGAACAAGACCCUGUUGAAACACGAAACGAUGGAGUGCACCUAUCCGGACGCCAUCAUGGACGAGAUCAACAAAAACGUGAUUUACAGACCCCCGGGUGAUUACUCGAUCUCAGAAAGUCUUGUGGCCAAAAGGAUCUACGUCAUCAAUGACCUAAUAGAAGUGGUCAAGUCGGAUGAAAUCCCCCAGUACACCAGCAUCGACAAACCGUGCUACCAGUGCAAAAUCGAAGAAUGCGACAAGAAAGGCUACCUAAAGCUACUCCAAGUGGAAAACAACGCCCCGAUCCUCACAAGAGACUACGAGGAAAACUACGAACCUCUGCCAGGCCCUUCUUCCAGACCCGAAUCCGAGUACGACUACUGCCGGAUCACCGAUCUAAGAACUCCCAAACUCAUCCGGACCGAUGAUUCAGUCGCGGAACGCCGGGACACUUUGCCAGAAACCUGCUUUAGCCACAAAAAGGUGAAACAGGAUCCCGGAGAGGUCCCGGACGAGGACCAACUGGAAUACCUCACCGAGGAGGACCUGUGGAGGGAGGUGGUGUACAUCAACUCCCAAGGGGUGAUGCGCUACUUCCAGAACGGACUGUUCCCGAACUCUUUGGGGAAAUCGUUGGGGUUCCAGGAGGAGUCCAUCGGGACCGCCAAGUGUAUCCCCGGGAAGAUUUUUUGCGACGAGUUCGAUAAUGAGAGUAGCGCCCUGAGACCUUAUGAGAUUAUUCCGGCCGUAAGUAUCGCUUGGCCCGACGAUCAAACCCUAAACUUCAUUUAUAGGGAGGACAGGCCUACGAUAUUUGACACCCGGACCGGAAUCAAAUAUCGUUGGCCCACCGACGGUAUGAUCGAGGAAAUCCGGAAAAUGAACGCGGUCUUGGUGCCGAACGGUUUCACUCAAAAAAAGGGAAUUAAUAAGGAUUCCAAUCUUCAAUGGGAAAUCAACUUUCCAAAGGCGGAACGUUACUUGGAGGCGCGCAUGUCCCACGCUCAAAUGAAGUGCAUGCUGGUCCUCCUACUUCUUCAUAAAACGUUCAUUUUUCCCACCACGAAGCAGAACGGACUGUUGUCGGAACAUAUACGGACCCACAUGUUCUGGGAGUGUGAGAGGAAUUACAGGAACUGGCCGGAACAUCGGCUGGGAACGAAGAUUUUGAGCGUAUUAAAUAAUUUGAAACAGGCACUGUUCGUCGGUGUAUUGCCAGACUACUUUAUCAAGGAGCGUAACCUGUUCGAAAACAUCCCGAAGAAAUACUUGAAUUUCGCCCAAAAGGUGCUGAUGGCGAUCUUGGAGAACCCCGUGCCAUAUUUCAUCAAGGCGCUGAGGAACCUCAGGUAUACCAGCGGGAAGUUUUAUCCCCCGAUGAAUUUCGACGAGAUUUACCAGAAAUUGGUGGCCAAAGAGGGGGCCGAUUUAAUAAAUCCGCAACUGGGUCGAGCACCGCAAUUAAAACGUCGCUGGUACAAGGACGCCGAUCACCAAGUGAAACAUUUAAAAUAUCUGAAGAAAAAGGAGCAAAUAAUCAGACAACUUAAGGAGAAACAGAGAGAGGAACAGAAAAGCAAAGAAACUGAACUGAAUCUGGAUAACGCUCUGGAUGGCAUUAAUUUAGAGGUUGAACUGGAUAAACAACUGGGAACCUGCAAGUCCAAAGCGAUCCUGGAAAUUUUCAUUAAGAGUUUCAUCGAUAUCGCCAAGAUGAGCUCGUACUUAGCCUCGCCGGAGCAGGCCUUGUUUUACCUAAAAUUGGCCUUUUAUUUAACGAACAUUUUAGAAGAGAUUUCCGCCUCAUUCUUGGACGAAUUGGCCGAAUAUCGACAAAUAAUCGGCCUGGAAGAAGCGCGGAUCAAACGGAAGUCCGUUAAGUCGUUGUCUAUCGAGCAAGAGAACCAGAAACCUCCCACUCCCCUAAGGAAUUCCGUAUCGUUUAACUACGAGCAGAGUAAAUCCACCCUGGUAAGGGUGAAUAGUAAUGUUAGUAAUCAGAGCAAAAAUGUGAAAAAUGUAGGGUUUAACAGCUUAAGUAAGGGGGUCAAACCUAAAAGGAAGGCAGUAGCGUUCGCUGAAUAAAUUCAUUUAAUUUUUGUAUAUAAAUAUGUAUAUAGUAAAAAAAAAUAUAUAAAUAAGGGUCUAAUUAUUUUUAUUACUGUUUAAAGAAUUACAUAAUAUGCAAUAAAGGUUACAAAAACUGCA